UCCUGCUCACGGGGCUUUUGCGGAAAAGGAGUGUGGCUGACAUGGCUGAAGAUGCUGGGGCCGGUCCUGCGUGUAGCGGGAUGGGCGGUAAGCAGGAUCCUGUGUCUAGUGCUGGCGGUUGCAACUUUCCAGAGUACGAGUUCCCGGAGCUGAACACUCGCGCUUUCCACGUGGGAGCCUUUGGGGAGCUGUGGCGCGGCCGGCUGCGCGGAGGCGGGGACUUGUCGCUGAGGGAGCCGCCGACCCCCGGGGUUGCGGACUCCGACCUGGAAGAUGUCGCGGUGGCCCGGGAUCUGGGUUGCAGCCUGGAUGCGGCGGCCGAGCUGAGGGCGGUGUGCGGCGUUGAUAAACUGAAAUGCCUUGAAGAAGGUGAGGAUCCUGAAGUCAUUCCAGAAGAUACUGACCUGGUGACUUUGGGGGUUAGAAAGAGGUUCUUGGAACAUCGAGAAGAAACCAUCACGAUAGAUCGAGUCUGCAGACAAGAAACAUUUGCUUAUGAGAUGGAGUCACAUGCAAUAGGCAAAAAGCCUGAAAAUCCAGCAGACCUGAUUGAAGAAGGAGAGCUUAUCCUAUCUGUGAAUAUCUUGUAUCCUAUUAUAUUUCAAAAGCAUAAAGAACAUAAGCCAUUCCAGACGAUGCUGGUUUUGGGCAGUCAAAAGCUCACAGAACUGAGAGACUCAAUUUGCUGUGUCAGUGACCUGCAGAUUGGUGGAGAAUUCAGCAACACUCCUGACCAAGCUCCUGAGCAUAUUAGCAAAGACCUAUAUAAAUCAGCCUUCUUUUAUUUUGAAGGGACAUUUUACAAUGAUAAAAGAUACCCGGAAUGCAGAGAUUUGAGCAGAACCAUCAUUGAAUGGUCAGAAUCCCAUGAUCGAGGCUAUGGAAAGUUGCAUACUGCUAGAAUGGAAGAUUUUACCUUCAAUGACCUAAAAAUUAAACUGGGCUUUCCUUACUUAUACUGUCACCAGGGAGACUGUGAACAUGUUAUUGUCAUUACAGACAUAAGGCUUGUGCAUCAUGACGACUGCUUGGAUAGAAAACUUUAUCCACUUCUUACUAAAAAGCACUGGCUAUGGACCAGAAAAUGUUUUGUGUGUAAAAUGUACACAGCUAGGUUAUAUUUACAUCCAGCUGAAUUCCAUAUUUCUCUGAAUGGCUAAGAACAUCUUACCAUUACAAAGCCUGUUUAAAAGAUUUGACAGUAAAGGUAUUUUCAUGGACUUAUAUAUCAACAUCCUGUUUCUGGUAUGUCUAAGGUGCUCACAUUCACAUUCAGUGGAUUAGCAAAAAGGACUAGACACCCCUCAAUGGCUGCCUUAUUUUGUGCCUAAAUUUUUACAUUCUUGUAUCCAAUGGUGCUAACAUUGAUCAAACUGAAAAUUAUGUUGGAAAAAAAAUCACAGCUUUAAGAUGAGUGAUUUACCCAAGUCCUAGAAGUCUACAGGUAAAAAAUUAUUUUGAUUUCUUUAUUAAUAUUCUAUUUCUUAUAGCUCUUGCAAUAAUUUAGAACGGUUGGUUUGUUUUUGAUUGGUUUUCACUUCUUACAACAGAUUAGCUAAUCCACUUAGGUAUCAGAUAAAACAUUACUGUACUAGACUUCUUUAUGAUUGAGAAUCUUGUUCUGCUAGUUCUUGGGGCUAACACUGUCAAAGACCUAUUUACUAACAAAACUGAGAAACAAGGAACAAUGUGUUGCCCAAUAUGUUACUGAUCAUUUAUGGCAGCUGGCAUCCCCAUUAAAUUCAUGUCAAAACAACUGCCUAACUUUAUACAUUCUAGACCUAUAAAAUCCCUGAAAUAAGACUUUAUUGAAAUGCAACUUUAGUAAAUAUACCAUGGCUUUUACAUGUAUCAAUGUAAGAAGCAAAAGCAGAUACUAAAGUAGGGAAUCUAUCAAUACCUCCAAGUUAGAAAUUAGUUCUCUGUAUAAUGAUGAGUACAUGUGCAAAAGACCACUGUACAGAAAAGCAAUAGUAUUCCCUUAAACAUCUCUCUCUAGCUUCAAAAUCCUUUUCAGACAUUGAUAGUUUUACUUAGGAAAAGGACAGUUGUCUCUAACAGCACUGUUAAGAGAAUAACACAACAAUAUAAGCAUAUAGUAGUAGCAUAUAACCAUAUAGUAGUAGAUUCUUCAUUUCUUGGGGGCUUAGAGAUAUAGGUUUGCUAUUUCCAAUACAUUAAAAA